AUGGAGUUUCCUAGGUUUUGUGAUGGUGAUGAUCCCCUUGGGUGGAUUUACAGAGCAAAACACUACUUUGAUUAUUUCUAUGUUCCUGAUGCUCAGAAAUGGGAGGAUUUUACCAAGGCAUUAUGCCAAGAAUUCGGGUCUUCCGAUUUGGAAGACUGUGCUAAAUCUCUUCUCAAGCUGAAGCAAACUGGUUACUUCAUUGAUGGUCUAAAGAAGGAAUUGCGCCAUGAUGUCAAGCUAUUACGACCUACUUCGGUUCAAGAUGCUUGUGCUCUUGCUUUACAAUUCAAUGCUAAGUUUCUUGAUUUAAAGCCUACUGUUCCUUUUCGUCAUACUCCUCCAAUUUCUGUCCAUUCUUUUCAACCCAAAAUGGAAUUGCCUGUCAAGAAGCUUACCCCAUAUGAAAUUCAAUUUCGUCGGCAACGAAAUUUGUGUUUCCACUGUGAUGAAAAGUACACUAGAGGCCAUGUCUGUUCUAAGAAACAAUUACUUCUUAUUGAUGUUGAUUUUGAUGCUCCUGCUUUGGAAGAUGCCGAUGAAGAGGUUGACCAAGUACUUCACUAG